AAAAGAAACGUAUAUACAUAAAAAUAAUAAAUAAAUAAACACGUGUAAAUUUCGCGAACAUCCUGUGAUAUUAGCGAAAUCAUAACGAAUACCGAGAGAGAUGAUUAAGACCAUAAUUCUGAGUUGACAUCAAGCGGAGUUUUCCGUCGCAAAAGUAUAGAACUGAAACAAAUUAAAAAAAAAAUCAAUUUUUCUGAAACUGAAAUUCCACUUGAUAUCAACUCAGAAUCACGGUCUAAAUGAUCCACUCAGUGUUCGUUAUGGUGUCACCAACACCUAUACACGUACUUACAUAUGGCUACCUGUAUGUGCUUGUACGGGGGUGUAAGUGACAUCGUAAUGAAUACUGAGAGGAAUGAUUCAGCUCAUUAUUCUGAGUUAAUAUCAAGUGGAGUUUUCCAUCGCAAAAGUAAAGAAUUAAAAAUAAUUUCGCGACGGAAAAUUCCAAUUGAUAUUAACUCAAAACCAUGGUCUGGAUCAUCCCCCUUAGUAUUCGUUACGAUAUCACUAACAUCCUGUAUUUUUAGGAUAUUUUAUGUCAUCAAUAAAUUCAAUCGAGUAUUUUAUUCAAUAAUUUGUAAUAUCUUGUUGUUUAUCCUUUACUAGACGGUAGCUAGUAAAAUUGAGACGCAUUUUAAGAUGCGACGUGUCCGUUAUAAGUUAUCCCCACGCAAAACCAUUUAUUAACGUGGCAAAUAUGAAGUCAUUGAAAUAAAUUAUUAUGUUGUUCGCCUUAGUCUAUAGUAUAAUGUACUCGUCAUUAUCAUGUUGCCUUAGAAUAUUUUAUCUGUAAAGAUAUUUAAAAAUUAAAAAAUAUAUAUUAUAACAAUAAAUAUAAAGGUUUAUCAUUAUUUAUGCUUAACCAUACUGUAGCAUGCUGAUAGCAACAAUUAUUAACAAUAUCGUUCAAAGUGUCGAUAACGCAGCGUUGAUAUUAUCUAACUCGUAUAUAUACUUAAUAGUCUACCUGUGUUGAUUAUUACUCUGUGAGAAACAACAAUAGUGAGAACGAUGUUAUUUUAUUCGUUAUUAUUGUGUACUGUGAUAGUGAUAAAAUGUGAAGCAGCGAGGAUUUUAGCCGUGUUUCCUUGUCCCUCUAUAAGUCAUCAAGUUGUCUUUCGUCCGUUGACCCAAGAGCUGGCCAAACGUGGACAUGAAGUGGUCGUCAUAACAACAGACCCAGCAUUCCCCAAAGGAGAAUCUCCAGCAAACCUUACCGAAAUAGAUGUUCACGAUUUAACUUACAAUAUGUGGGUGAAGAAUUUCACUGAAUUAUCGAAAGGAAAACAGCAAGAUGCCUAUGACCAAAUAGAAAUUGCUAUGGAUAUGCUGAACACUGUAAUUGAGCAGCAGUUGCAGAUGAGUGAAGUACAAAAAAUUGUGCGUGGGGGACAACAUUUCGACUUAGUUUUCGUUGAGUCCGUUGCAAGGCAAGCAUUGGCUUUUACACAUGUGUACAAAGCUCCUGUUAUUUUGAUCAGUUCUCUUGGCAAUAUAGUUAACAUACAAAAAGCUCUAGGGAUUCCAACACAUCCACUGCUUUAUCCGUCACCCAUAAGUCAUAGAUUGUACAAUUUGACAUUCUGGGACAAAUUGAGUGAAUUAUACAACUAUUAUAGAUUUGAGAGAUUUAUGAAUAAUAACGUAGAAAAAGAAAAUAGGAUGCUGAGAAAAUAUUUUGGAGAAGAUCUUCCUUCAAUUGCUGAUUUGCUAGCUGACGUUGAUAUGUUAUUUUUGAAUAUACAUCCGGUAUAUGAAGGCAAUUUCCCCGUACCACCUGGUGUAGUGUACAUAUGGGGGAUUCAUCGGAAAGAACCGAAAGCAUUGCCACAGGAUUUAAAAUCUUUACUGGAUUCAUCUGAGCACGGAGUGAUCUACGUCAGUUUUGGCACGAACGUCGACCCAGCACAGCUACCCCCAGAAACGAUACAGAUGUUCAUCAGAGUGCUCUCUAAACUUCCCUACGACGUUCUGUGGAAGUGGAAUACGGAUGAACUGCCUGGAAGGACUCCUAACAUUAGAAUUAGCAAAUGGUUCCCACAAUCUGAUUUACUCAGACACCCAAAAAUCAAACUCUUCAUCACACAAGGGGGUCUACAAUCAACCGAUGAGGCUAUAACAGCUGGUGUACCGCUGGUUGGUAUACCGAUGUUGGGAGAUCAGUGGUACAAUACUGAGAAGUACGUCCAUUUCAAUAUUGGUGUCCAACUAAAUGUUGGAACUGUUACUGAAGAUGAGUUCAGGAAUGCUAUCAACACAGUCAUUGAAGAUGAAAGCUAUAGAAAAAACGUCAAGAAGUUGGAUGAGUUGAUGUCUGACCAGCCCGAUGAUCCACUAGAGCGUGCAGUGUGGUGGACAGAGUACGUUCUGCGUCAUUCGGGCGCUAAACACCUGCGGGCACCCGCUGCCAACAUCUCCUGGGCUGAAUAUCUUCUAUUGGACUUUUUCUUGACUCUCUUCUUAGGCCUUUUUGUUUUAGUGUCUUUAGUUUUUACAGGUUUAUAUCAAUUUUGUAGGAAUUCUCAUGUCAAGUUAAAAAAGAAAUAAACAGCAGAUUGUUCUUUUUAAACUAGGACUUACCGUAUCCAUGACUUAGUCCGCGUGCUAUCUCAUUAACUAUCAUACUUCUCUGUUAUCAGUGCUGAUAAAAUUACCCGUUGUGAUGACAUCAAAUUUUGCAAGUGCAUAAUUCUUAAACUUAUCUAUCUUAUCAUGUUACGUUUAUGUUUCUGUUAGAGAAGAUUCAGAUAGGAUCACAUCACUAAUUUAAGAGCUACGCUCUUGUCGGUGUAGCAUUCUCAAUGCUACUUUUUUUUAAAUAAGGCAGUGGUUUCUCUUUUACCUCCCGCCCCGCAGUACUCUGUGACGCGAGUGGGAUGGCGCCAAAAGUAGUCUAUUACAAAUUUGUACUACGAUAUACAAUUUGUUAGUAAACACAUCGACACGA